AUGACGCUGGGGCGGUGGAGCAGGCGGUGUGCACGUGUUGCUGCAGCAUCCGAUCAUAUCACCAACGGUUUACCGUUAUCUGUGCAAGAAAUUUCGACAUCGCUUAUCGUGAUUAUCAAUGGCCCACUGGAGAGAGGAGUACUCCGCCGCUCUGGCGGCUCGCGAUCGACGAGAAAAAGCCAAUGUUGCUAUCCUAAAUGCCUGUACGCCUUCAAGAGACAGCUGUGUCUGGAGCGUAAUAUUCCGAUGUGGUUCCUCUUUCUCACUGACAUAUCAUCCAUUGCUACAGAUACCCAACUUGCCGAUCGGACCGGCCGUAUAGCAACAGCUGUCAAGAGUGCCCAAAGCUCUACCCCGACAGAAAGCCAUAAUGAAAUUCCCCAAUCCCUAGUGCCAGACCACAAGAAACAAGCUGUGGUGUCAUCGGAGCUUUCUCUCCAGGAUGCCUUAGCUGCAGCGCGCACAGAUCUAUCUGAGGCGCAACGGUCCCGAUCAGAGCUACAGGAUCGGCUUACUCGCACAACAGCCGAAUUGGAGAAACUGCGAAAGCGAAGCUCACAGGACUCACGCCGCAUUGGUGUGCUAGAGAAAGAAGCUGCUCAGUUGCAACUGCGAUUGAAGGAUAGGGACGAGGAGUUGAAGGGAAAGGCUAAAUUGCUAGAUGAUUUCCAAGACGAGCUUGCAUCACUAAACCUGCAGCUCAAUAUGGCCGAGGAGCGGUCCAACCGGCUACAGAAGGAAAACCAGGAGUUAGUCGACCGUUGGAUGGCAAGGAUGGGCAAAGAAGCGGAGGCGAUGAACAAAGCCUCGCGAUUUUCAUGA